AUGUGGUUCUACGCCUCCCCGCUCUUCCGCGACAAAAACGCCGUCGCGCCAUACGCCGGUCCACAGACCGUCCAGGAAUACGGGCGGGAGGAGAACCGCCGUCGUGCGCGUGCGCAAGACUGGAAUGGAGCGCGGAUUAGGGUUGGAGGGCACCCAUCGAGUCCUAGCGAACCCAGCGCAACGUCGGACGACUCGUCACACGAUAAAUCGCUAUAUACAAGUUCGUAUGAUGAUAAUCACCGGUUCCCUUCCUCGACUGUAUCGCCGAACACGACGACGAGCACGUUUAGCGUGGGCGGUCCUUUGUCGCCUAUUACGCCCCCUCCGCCCGCCUACGUCUCUCAACCUACGACUCCCGUCCCCGAAUACGGCACCGGCUUCCACUUCAACCAUUCUACGCCGUCGGACGCGCAGUCAUCCGAGAACUACCAUUCGAGAACGUACGGGUCUCCAACACCCGGUUCGCAUGAACGGUACCGCCCUUCGCAUAGCGAUCAAGGGCACCAUUCCCCUCCAAGAGGAGAGAACAACCUCACCGUCCCAUCGUUCAACUCUAUACGCGGUCGACCGCGCUCUGUGAGCCACUCGACGGCGUCGAGUCGGUCAGUAAGCCGCGGUGAAGGAUCGUCGUCCUCGUUCUACUCCGAGUCUUCUUCGACGUCGCAGGGCCUUCAUGGGUAUGCCAAUAACGCCUACGCGAACCUCUCGAAUCCCAAUUUGAAUCUAAACCUCCCGCUGGGGUUGAGCUACCCGCCUGUACCGCAGACGCCGGUGCAGGUGCAGUACCAACCGCCGGCGUUCCACCACCACCAGUCUUCGGCGAUGGUGUUCCCGCUGCCGCCUUCGAAUACGGUUUCGACUGUGAAUUCGAUUGGGGGUCAUCAGCAGCAGCAUCCGAGUUCGACACCUUUGCAGAGUAUGGGAAGAGCACCUCCACCGGGAAAUCGGAUGAAUCUGGGCCCGAAUGGACCAAGGCCUCCCCCUCCUGGGCCUCCCCCUCCUGGACCUAUCCCGCCCUUCCCUCCGCCUCCACUUCUGAGGCCGGUCGACACCCGUUUUUGA